UACUAAGAACUUAUCUACAUUCAUACUGCUUUUUAACUGAAAUAAGAAUUUCUAAAUAUAUGAAAAAUCACAUAUUUACAUUAGUUACAAGGGAUUGUGCGUACAAUACGACAAUGGCUACGUCAUGAAAACUGAUGCUGUAUUGGUUACCGAAGACGUGUAGUUGCUCCUUUUACUACGAGUUACCUUUUGGCGUGAGGAUAUUAAAGUGGUGUGCACUGUAUGUUGUACGACAUGGUGCUUUACCGUGUUAAUAAUAUAUGCAUUUUAUUUGGUGGGAUUUUUUUGCUAUCAUUUUUUGUGGCCAGAUCUGAAGGUCAGUGCUCAUCUCAUCAGUUUUCGUGCUUAAACAAAAAAUGCAUCCCUAUUUCCUGGCAAUGUGAUGAUGAUAUUGAUUGUGAAGAUGGAUCUGAUGAGCAAAACUGUGAAGCAAGAACAUGUUCAGACACAGAGUUUGUCUGCAAUAGUGGUAAAUGCAUUCCAAGCCGGUGGCAGUGUGACAGAGAAAAUGAUUGCCUUGAUAAUUCUGAUGAAGAUCCUGAAGUGUGCAAAAAUAAAACUUGUCAGACAGGCCAGUUUGCUUGCAUUUCACCUGCUGGUGUGUGUAUCCCAAUUUCAUGGCACUGUGAUGGACAGGAUGAUUGCACUGACGGAUCUGAUGAAAAAGGAGAUUGCCAUCAGAUAACAUGUUCAGAUGAAGAGUUCACCUGUAACAAUAACAAGUGCAUCACCAAGCGUUGGCUUUGUGAUCAGGACAAUGACUGUGGAGAUAACAGUGAUGAACUGAACUGUGCAAAUGUCACUUGUUCGUCUUCUGAAUUUGUCUGCGCAAAUGGAAAAUGCAUUCCAGAAAAAUGGCGAUGUGAUGGUGCUGUUGAUUGCUCUGAUGAAUCAGAUGAGAAAAACUGUCCAACACCUAUGGCACCUGUAUGCAACAAUAGAGAGUUCAUGUGUGCAAAUAAAAAAGAUUGCAUUCAUGUCACUUGGCAGUGUGAUGGAGAUCCUGACUGCCCUGAUGGUUCUGAUGAGCAGAACUGUACAAAUACUUGCAGGCCUGAUCAAUUUCAGUGUAAAAACUUACAGUGCAUUCCUGGACAACUGCAAUGCAAUGGUAUGAAUGAAUGCCCUGAUGGUUCUGAUGAGGAGGACUGUAAAUCUUUACAUCCUGCCAAAUGUGAUCUUAAGAAACAGUUUGAUUGUGGAAAUAAUCAUUGCAUUCCAUUGUCAUUGGUUUGUGAUGGUCAUAAUGAUUGCGGUGACUAUGAGGAUGAGCCACAGCAUUUAUGCUAUAAGGAUGAGUGUAAAGAAAACAAUGGAGGUUGUUCCCAAAUUUGUCAUGAUCUUCCUAUUGGAUAUGAAUGUAGAUGUCGAGAUGGUUAUGUCCUUGCUGAUAAUAGAACUUGUGAAGAUAUUGAUGAAUGUGAAAUACCAGGCUCAUGUUCUCAGCUGUGUUACAAUACAAAAGGUAACUACAAAUGUGAAUGUUUAGAUGGCUAUAUGCUGGAGCCUAACAACAACAGAAGAUGUAGAGCUAAAGAAGGGCGCACUGUCAUAUUAUUUGCAAAUAGGCAGGAUAUUAGAAAAAUUGAUACAGAAACUUCUGAAUAUGUUCCUGUAGUUAGUAAUCUUCGGAAUUGUGUUGCUCUAGACUAUGAUUAUCGAACUGGUACUGUUAUUUGGUCUGAUGUAACUGAAGAGGCUAUUAAAAGUGUUCCAAUUGAUACAGGAGCUCCAGUAACAACAAUCAUAUCUAACAAUCUUUUAACUGUGGAUGGCAUUGCUGUAGAUUGGAUCUAUGGGCACAUAUAUUGGACUGAUACGGGCAAGAAUACGAUUGAAAUGUCUGAUAAAAUUGGAAAAAUGAGAAAAACUGUUAUUAAUGAAGAUUUGGAUGAACCUAGGGCAAUAGUACUGGAUCCUUUGGAAGGAUGGAUCUACUGGACUGAUUGGGGUGAACCUGCUAAAAUUGAAAGAGCUGGAAUGGAUAGUAGUCAUAGAGCUGUAAUUGUAUCUUCUGAUAUUAAAUGGCCCAAUGGUCUUGCACUUGAUUUUAUUUCAAAAAAAAUAUUUUGGGCUGAUGCGAAGCUCCAUAUUGUGAGUUCUGCCGAUUUUAAUGGAGAUAACCGAAGAGUGAUAUUAUCUUCUCCAGUCAUAUUGAAGCAUCCAUUUUCAAUUGAUGUCUUUGAAGAUUGGGUAUACUGGUCAGAUUGGGAAUCGGAAGCUAUUCACAAGAUGAAUAAAUUUAACGGAGAAGAAAAAAGUGUAGUUGCCACUGGAAUUUAUUCACCCAUGGGCAUUCAUAUAUAUCAUCAUUACAAACAACCUGAAGGAGUAAAUCACUGCAGUAACAUGAAUGGCCACUGUUCUCAUCUGUGUUUGCCAACUCCUAAUAUUACAGUUCAUUCUCCACGUUAUACAUGUGCCUGUCCUGAUGGAAUGAAACUAGCCGCUGAUCAUACAACAUGUGUAUUUGUCAAGUUGUCGAAUUCUUCAACUGUCCCUGCCAGUCAUAGUACUACUACCUCUCCUGUUUCUCAAGGCAGUGAUAUUAAUGUCAUCUCAUCUACUACAGAGCUUUCUUAUCACUUUAUUAAUGAUUCAAAUAAUUCAAGAUUAGAUUUUGGCAAUAUUGAGCCUUCUGAAGUUUACACCAUAGAUAAUACCUCAAGUUUACAUGGGAAUGUAUCAGAAAUGCAACAUGGAGAUGUUUUGUUUCCUGAUACUGGAAGACUUGCUGGGAUAAUAAUUGGUGCUUUGAGUGGAAUAAUUUUAUUAUUAGCUUUGGUUGGUUUCUUGAUAUACAAGCAGUAUUUAAGAAAAAAUGUUACUAGCAUGAAUUUUGAUAAUCCUGUAUACAGAAAAACAACUGAAGAUCAGUUUAGUUUGGAAAAGAAUCAGUAUCAGCCUGCAAGGUCAUAUCCACCAGCAUCUAGCCAAAGUUUAGAACCACUGACAUCUCCUGGAACUAAUGAAUUUGUUUAGGCAACAAUUUAAUCAUUGACACUUAUCACCUUCUGCUGAAGUGUGCAAGACUGUGUUCAGAACUCUUUACUUCUGCCUUGCUCAUUCAGCAUUAAAACUUUAGUGCUCAUAUGGCAGCUGGUUAUUUUUCUUUGCUUCCAGAAAUAUAGUUUAGUGCGUGAUACUAUUUGCCGGUG